AUGGCCUACAAUGGAUACGGUUAUGCCCAUUAUCAACACACAGAUGCGCGGACGCAGAACCAGACGCCGUACGCUCCGUCAUCCCAACCCUCCAAACCAGCGGACGGCUCCCUUCAGAACGACCACCAGAAUUACGGACAACGACAUGGCGGCUGGGGUGGACAGAGUGUAUCUGGAGCGCAGACUUCGAAUCAGCAAAAUAUCAGGAACAGCUACUGGAUCCCCCCUGCAAGCAAUACCCCGAGUCAAUCUACGGCUUAUCAGCAACAGGUAUCAUAUCGCAUGUCAGAUACGGAGCAAGCCACAAGUUCGACGCGUCGGUAUAAUAGCCAACCACAACCUCAGCACCGUACUGGCACGCAUGGUAUGAGUGGUUAUAAGGCUGAAUCUACCUCAACUAUAAGCGCAAGACAGAGUAUGGCAACUUCCGGUACUCAUUACACUACCAAUUCUCCGCAGGAGCAGACGGGGGUUACCGCGGCUUCUCAUAAUUACCGGUCGAACACGCCGUCACAUCAACCUGACUAUAUGCAGAGUUCUCGCACUGUCGCAGCCACGGCGAUGACUGCUCUAUCUUCUGCUUCUCAGCACACCUAUAACUAUAUCCAAAAUACACCGGCCACUACAUCAAACACUAAUCAGAUAUCAAAUCCCUCUCAGUAUAACAUUUCAACCAGCGGCACUACGGGAAGCCAGCUAGGGGCCAAUACUGUAAACUCCCCGAAUACAUUUUAUCAACGUCAGACUAGCGAUUCUGGUCAAAGUUUGGAUGUCAGGGGAACCGCGUCCAAUAUCCUACGCCAGACAAGUAAGGCCUCAGAUAUAAGUCCUCCCUCGGUCACCUCAAGCGCAGAGCCAUCUCCACAACUUCAAUCACGAGCCCACCAAAUGCAACCUACGACUUCUCGCUCCCCGUCGCUCCUCCAUACCAACAGAGCCGGUUCCGGGUCCCAGAUUCUCCCCGCAGCUCAAAGGUAUUCCGUGAGUGGUGUGGCAUCCGAUGAUGCCCAGCCUUCACCGACAUUAGAUCAAAAUACCUUCUCACAACCUACGGCUACGACGUCCACAGAGGCGGUAGCAGCUCCUCAAAGUUCUUUACCUAGAUUCGUUGACCCCACUAGCGUAUACAACCCCUAUCCCUACUACCGACAGCUCAGGGCUUCUGGGGUUGCAAUUACUACCCAGUCAACCGUUGAACAGAGUCUAACAAGUGCGACAAGCGGAUCUGACGCUCUGCAAACAGUGGCACAGGAAGAUUCAACUCAGUCUCCAGCACCAGACGUCCCAGAACCAGAAACUGAUACGAUGAUAUCCACUACAAAUACUUCGGACGUGCCAAUGGCAAAAGAACCACGGAAAGGAGCCCCAAAGGAUGCUUUAAAACAUUCUCCAAAGAAAGUGAGAAAGACGGCUAGUCAGAAGCAAAAAUCCAAGGCUGAAUCUACCCCAAAGCCUAGGACUGCUGAACCACAAACCAGUUUAAUCACACAUACCCAAACGAAUGAGAAAGAAGAUACCGCUAGCCAGAUGCAAAAGAUGCUUGAUGAAAUGCGUAUGAAAGACCCAGAGCUAUUUAAAUCAAUAUUGGCUGCAAAUAUGAGUAAACCUGAGAAUAGAGAACAAGAUAUUCAGCACACUCCAACAAAUGAUACCCGUGCCGCUCCGGUAAAAGUUUUGUCUAGCGUUACCGCUACGACUACCCUCGCGGAACCUUCACCUCCGCGUAUCUUGAAUAAUAGUACACCUUCAAGAAAAGCACAUAGCAAACACACACCAGGUAAAGCAAUAUUCCUUAUUAGUACACCCGCCCAAAUGGGAGUAGCACCCUCGGCAAAGAAUCAUGUGUUGAUUGAAAAUCCGGAAGUUGAGCAAAGGCUCCCAGAAACUGCUCCAGUGGCAGUCAAUCCCAGUACACCGGAUGAUGGUGAUAUCCAUAGCCGACGACAAAUCACCAAAACAAGUCUUAUUGAUGGCCUUCCUGACUUGGGGAAAUUUCCAGCAUUACGACGAAGGAAAAAACCGAAGGCCAGUUUACCAGCUGGCGGACCCUAUCAAGAUUUUAAUACCACAUUGCAUCUGGAUGAUGAAAGAAACGCACCGGAUCAAACUGGCCAGCCUGUGCCAUGCCCUCAAAUAGCUACUUCCAUUCCUCAGCAAUAUGCCUCCCUAAGCAUUGAAGAGCAGCGGCUGAGACUUUUGGAAACAUUCAACAAGACCGGACAUGCCGAACUCCCUAACACAUCUAAUAUUCCUUUAUCUACAACAAAUAUUGUCCCACCAAGUCAGAUAAACAACGCCAGUGAUGCUCUUACCGCCCCGUCACCGCCCCCACAACAUCCAGUUGAAGAGGGGAAAGAUAAAGAAGAUAGGACGGCAUCUAUCUGGCCUGAACAUAAGCGUCGUGUGCUAGCUGAAUCGGCGUGCGAAUACAUUGCAACAUUCCCUGGAAACGGUUCUAUUACUCCCGAUUUUGUAUCGAGCCUAAUUGAUCAAAAUCCUAGUUAUGUUCAGCUUUGCAAUAUGUUGGAGGGACAUGGCUAUACGAUAAACAAGGUCCACUUCGCAAAACAUCUUUUGCAAGCAUUCCCCGAUCUCGGCGAGAGCUCAGGGAAAACGACACAGGCCAUGCCUCAGUCUACGGUGCAAGCUCCUCAGCCUAACGUGCUGGUCUCGUCCUUCGUUUCUCCAAGCCCUCCACCAGCAACAUUAACCCAAUCAAGCCCAAAAGGAGUUAUGCCCCAGAUAGGUAUCCCUCCCGUUCAAUCGGGGUCAGCUCUUCCUCUAUCACGAGAGGAGCAGCGUCAAAAAUCUCUAAACUUACUUCAUCUAUCCAGGCGCAGAAAAAUUGCUUCUCAGCGGCACAAUUCUAUUUCUACCUCUCCCGCACCUCAAUCUCGCGAACCGUUACCUAACUCUAAGGAGGCAAUGGCUCGAAAACGAACCUUUGCUGAAAUCAUCGAUCUUUCCCAAGCUCUCAGCGAUGAGGAGAGUGAAGACGAAGAAGCUGGCCAGUCGCACCAAGUUGAAACCGUUAGUGAGGAGCCGAUGGAUACGUCACUGGAUGGUCCUGUGGAAAUACCUAACACCACUAUCCCCAUACAGCCUCCUGCACUGGAAAGUCUUGCUCAAAGCCCGCCGACAGGCCAUGAUAUUACCCAAACCGCCCAGACACAAUCCGUUAGAUCUCGCGAGCCACCGCUCGUAGCCCAACCUAGUCCAACAGAGCCCAUACGUAUAACGAAAUCUAAACAUUCGGUCACAUCCCAUCUUAACGGUACAAAAGAGAGUCUUCGCCGUUAUAAUGGUAUUGUGAAGCCGAUGGACAAAGCUAAAGCACUAAAAAGGUCAUACUAUGACCCCCGAACUAUCGCCAGAGAUAUCCUAAUUGCGGCUGGACGCCACCCUACAGAACGCCCACUCAAUCAACAUCUACUAAAACUGAAAGAGAAGUUUCAAUAUAUUGAUUACUCUUCCGACCUUGAGACAUUCAGAUGGGACCUUGUCGACCCUGGUGGCCCUCCUCCCCCUAAAAUCGCCCCUGAACCCCUGAUCACCCGGCCAAAGUUCAAUCCACGUGAUAAUUUACAGAGUUCACGUGAUGGAGCUAGCUCAACGCGACUUGCAUCGUUUAAUCUCGCUCCCUCUCAGGUGGAAAACUUUCAAACAGUCAGCGCCGACUCUUUUUCAUGGCCCAUGGCGCCAACACAGGCUCGAUCUUCAUUUGCUUCUCCCCUUCCCACGAGACUAGGGCCACGCCGAACUGGACGUUCACCUAGCGCGAAAAAUAAGCCUAAACCGGUCGCUUCACUCGCGAAGAAUGUCGAAAUUGUUAUCCCAACGGUCACGUCGCAAAAGCCGUCAAAUAAAUAUCAGAUUUACGAGUGUCGCUUUGAUGACUGUGGCGCAAAGCUGCACAACUUUGAGAUUUUCCGAAAACAUGUCCUGAAACUACAUGGGCGGCCUGAAGAGGACCAGGCUGUCUGUAUGUGGGCAGGCUGUGCUUCGUUAGUACAGUCUGGGCAAACAGAACAGCGAACCUUUUCACCCGAGUCGCUUAGGGAGCAUCUGGACAGUGUUCAUCUGAGUCCACUGGCUUGGAAACUGGGUGAUGGACCUAAAUCCGUAUCCUCUGGUGAGACUGGAAAGUUCCAUCUACCGAUUUUUAUUUCCUAA